CUCUCUCUCUCUCUCACUCUCUCUCUCUCUGGGAGAAUGUUCAUGACACAUAUUAAUACUAUUUAUGUAUUUAAAUUUGAGUUAGACGGGGGAAAUCUUUCAUCUAUCAACGCAUUUUGUUGACCCAGCAACGUAUAAGAACCUCGUUUCAGCCCCCACGCCAUUUGGCGUCGGCGUAACAGUGGACGACAAACUGAGAAAAGAAAACAAUGCUUCGGUGCAGGAAAUGCCUGAAGGUUGUCAUCGAAAAUCUGCAGAAGGCUUAGGUCAACAAUGAAAACUCAGAGGCGGCUUGCACCAUUUGGCGCAUGGAUGUUGAUGCGCUUCCAGAUUGGAUACUGACCUCAAUCCACCAGGCCCAGUGGACUGUGGGGAGGCUGAACUGUCAGAAGUGUGGGGCUCGCAUGGGUUGCUUUAACUUCAUUCAUCACAUUGAGUGUCCUUGCGGGGGGGACACCACUGUGCACUUCAGCAAAUGUCGCGUAGACUACGACCACAAGCAGAACCUUCUCACAGUCCAGCCUAGAGCGACAAGACCGAGCGAGAGGCUGCUGCUUACAGAUGGCUGUCGGGCUGAAUAUGAGAGGUGGUCUUUGAAUGGUUUACAGCUCAACAGUAUUGCCGUCCCGCCUCUCCCUGACCCCGCUGAAGCCUCAAAAGUAUUUACAGAAAGAGACUUGGCAAACAGGUCUUCACUGUCCCCUGUGUUGUAUCCCAUGGAAAAAGAUGAUGAAGCUGCCUUCAGUACUGCCACAGGCGGUGCAUCUGUGUCUGCCGCAAGACGGGCGCCUCCGGAAUGUCAGAUGGUGCAAACUGAGGAACAUGAGGGAUCAUCUGUAGAAAAUGCCCAGGAGGAGAUCUCACUGUACCUUCGAGGGACAUCAACGUCUUACAGUGCACCUCAGCAGGAAGAGGUGAUGGUGGUAUGUUCCACCUGGAAACUUGCAGGCCUCCACAGUCUUACACAGGCAAAGAAAGAAGGAAAAGAACCACCUGAAAAGCCUAUGGAGGAAAAAGAGACGGCGGAACUGUGGCUGUCGAGGCAGGUCAAAAGUUUGAAUGAUUUGAUGCUCAACAGUGAAGAGGGUGAGGAAGAGGAAGGGGACGGGCAUGGCCUCACGUGUGCAGUCUGUCUCGACAUCUACUUCCACCCCUACCUCUGCCAACCCUGUAGUCACAUUUUCUGCGAGCUGUGUCUCCGCAAGCUCGCAAAGAACCGAGAGGAAAGCACACUUUGCCCUCUGUGCCGUGGCCUCAUUUCGUACACUGAAUUUCAUGCAGAUCUUAGUUGCAAAGCAAAAGCCUUGUACCCUAGAGUGCACCGCGCUCGUGAGCAGUACUUCCAAAACGCCUCAUGUGUUAAAUGGCCUCUACCCAGCUGCCGCAAACCCUUCUUUAACCUCUGGGGUGAGAAACUCGGUGUUAUCUCGUCUCUGCAGACUCAAAUGCUCCCACACACAGACACAGGAAACUAUUGUGGAGAGAGAGAGAGAGAGAGAUUCCCAACCGACAUAGGAGGCAUGCAGCAAGGGCUCACCGAAGUUGGCACUUCGCCAAUGUCAACUUCACGCUGCAGGCUUUCAACAUCUCUGACGUGUGUGGCUGGUUUUUUGGUAUCAGACUGGCCAACUGGAUGCUGGCUUUCCUGUUUGUUUUUUUGCUCAUGUACUCCUAUGUUUAAGCCAUGGGAGAGCAUGUAAUAGUUUGCAAAGAACCUUUAACGUUUUUGCAAUUUUUUUUUAUUAACUCGGUACCUUCAAGUUAAAGCUUUAAUUUCAGUUUUCAAGUUUCUCAGAAAAAGCCAAGGUUGACAAGUAUUAUGACUUGUUAGACAUGAAUUCAAGAGUAUGGAAUGUGAUGAAGCAAAUGUUUACAAAUGCAAAUUUUAACCUAGAAUUAAUGUUAUUUUAGAGAUGUUAUUUUAGUGUAACACAGCAAAAUUAUUUAUUUUAGUGCAUUCCAUACACAAUGUGCUUUACAUAAUAAUGCCAUUUUUUAAAACAUAUGUGAAAUAAAAGGUCUUUGAGCAGGCAUAAACUGGGAA